AUGAAAUGGGGCGACAUCAGCAACAGGAUACCUGGCCGAAGUGCAACUAGUUGUCGCCUUCAUUACCAAAAUUACCUUGAACGGCGGAGUGAGUGGGAUGAGGAUCGUAAGAACAAGCUGGCUAGGCAGUACGAAAGACUCAAAAAGGAAAUGUGGGACAAAAUAGCAGAACUUUUAGGCCUCCCAUGGAGAGCGGUUGAAGCUAUGCAUUGGCAGCUAGGGAAACAAGAGAUGGCUAGACGUGCUGGAGUGAUACCCUUUUCGCUUUCAAGUACAACAUCAGAGCCACCUCAGAAGCGGCGCAGACUCAGAGCAACAACGCCGAGAUCGAGGCGAGACGCAGGGACACGGGGGGUGCAAGGUCAGCAACUUCCUUCUGUUGCCGAACUGUCUGCUGGAGCUGCUGCAUACGCGUCUAGUCAGUCGCGUGAGCAUUAUUCUUUGAGGAAGUCCCCGAAGUCGCCUGCAGAACAGAGUCGAGGCUAUGUAGGAACUCGCUUAGGAGGAGGAACCCGGUCUAGGAGAUAA